AUGGGACCCGACGACGAUGACGAAGGCUCCUUCUGGCAGCGGCUGCACGCUGUGCUGUCGACGCUCUGCCACACACACGAGCAGAUCGACGACUGUCUGCGCGCCUUCCUCGACGCCUCGACCGACGGCUUCCUCGACACCGAGUACGACAUUGCGCGCUGCUGCUACCGCCUGAUCGACUCGUCGCUCUUCACACACAACAAGGACUAUGUGCGCCGCCAGUUUGUCUACUGCCUGCUACAGGAGGAGCACCCCCCUGUCCUGCACAUUGUUACCGCCGUCCUGCUAUACGACGGCCGUACCGAUGAGGCCGUCUUUGACAUGAUGCAGGUCGAGGGCGCUUUUACUCGUCUACUCGACCUCAUCCAGCGCAACAAGGACGACAACUCGGGUCUGCACCGCCUGCUGCUCGAGUUGCUCUGCGACAUGUCAAGGAUCCAGCGUCUCUCCCUCGACGACCUCGCCACCGUCGAUGACGCCUUUGUCAUAUAUCUGUUCGAGCUGAUCGAGGAGCUGUCCAACGACGCAAACGACCCUUAUCACUACCCCACCAUCCGCGUUCUCCUCAUCCUCAACGAGCAAUACAUGUGCUACGCCGUCUCUCCAGACUCUCACCCCACCCUGACCAACCGCAUCAUCAAGGUCCUCUCCAACCAUGGCCCCUCUUACCGCACCUUUGGCGAAAACCUCAUCCUACUCUUGAAUCGCGAAUCUGCUCUUGGGCCUCAAUUAUUGAUCCUCAAACUUCUUUACCUACUGUUCACCACCCCUUCCACCUUCGAGUAUUUCUACACAAACGACCUGCACGUUCUCGUUGAUGUCAUCAUCCGCAACCUGCUCGACCUCGAUCCUGGUUCUGAUGAUGACGAGCAUCCUGAUUUGCCGAGGGAAGGCGGAGGCCAGCGCGCUCUUCGCCACACAUAUCUACGAGUCUUGUGUCCACUUCUGAAGAAUACUCAGCUGGCUCAAGAUAACGCCCACUACAAACGCGAGGAACUGCGCAAACUCUUCUACUUGUUGGUAAACAGAUCUUCAUUUCACUUCGGUCCUGUUGAUGAGACCGUCGUUCGACUUGUCUCUCGCUGCAAGCAAGUGGCCUGGAUAAGAGACGAGUCGGACCACGAGGAUCCUGUCAGUCCUCUUACCGAUGCUCAUGUGGCCAAACGGCUGCUGGGCAUGAAUCUGGCCGAGGCAGGCGAGAGUAGUCUGAGUGUCCUAGAGGUGACUGCAAAGGUUGAAAAAGAGAAACCUAUGGUGCCCGCCCCUCGGAGGCGGAAAAAGCUGCAGCAGCAAGAGUCAAAGGAGACUGUUCUGUUACGAGUUUCACCAACCAACCCUCAAAAUGACGAACGGAGCCCCUUCGAUGAUGAUAACAACGAAGUGUGA